AUGUCUCCAGCAUUGAAGCGCGCCAUUCGUGUAGGCGAAGCAUCGAGAGGCUUUUCUGACAGAGUACAUGCCGUCUCUCAGCUUGCCAAAGGAGGUGAAUGCGAUGUCAUCAUGGGCGACUGCAUGUCCGAGAAUACCAUGACGCUGCAUGGCGCUGGCAAGAUUACGAAUAAGAAAAAGAACUCAUCAGUCGCAAAUGCUCCCAUCGAGCAGUUGGCCAAAGAAGCCAUAUACGUGGUCAAGCUGUGCGAGGAUGCCGGCUGUCCAAUGAAAGUGGCCUGGGUAGAGGGUGACGACGUUACCGACACGAUCCAUAGGCUCGUGAGCGAAGGCUUGAAGACCGCUGCGUUCAAAGAAGACGCCGACAUAGUUAUUUGCGGGCGCGUUGCGGAUGCGGCACCAGCGAUAGGAGCAGCUGCAUGGUGGCACAAAUGGACGCCGGAGAUGUUUGAUAAGCUUCCAGGUGCUCUCGUCAUUGGCCAUCUUAUCGAAUGUUCGUCAUCAGUCUGUGGUGGUUACUAUUCAGCAUUUAAGGACCUCUUGAAGACCGGUAAACAUCUCAAUGUUGGCUUUCCAAUUGCUCACAUCGACAGCAAAGGAGAGUGCAUCCUCACAAAGGAGAAGAGCACCGAUGGAUGUAUUACUGUUGGUUCGGUAACGCCACAGUUUGUUGCAUAA